GUUACCACGCCAACCGAGGAACCGAGCGGUUGGCGUAUUGACUAGCGCGAACGGAACGGGCUAUCCUUCGGCCAUCCUGAAACGGAGCACACGCGCCACAAACUCAACAGCACGCGCGUGUCACUCGCGGGUUCGUCAGUGUCCGAGCGGAGUGACCCGUAGGGCUCAAUAAAAAGCAUCCCACCAGUGGGUCGGUGGCUCUAGUUGCGAACAAAGCGUGUAACCUGCUGGAGGUGACGAAGGGCCACGUGUUUUUUUUACGUGGGAAUAGUGUUUAUUUUUGUUUAGUUUUUUGCGAAAUUUACCAGUGAGUGUACCAGUGUGUAGGAGAAACGGUUCCACUAUGGCGAUGGCUUCUAUUCUUCCCGCAUCUUCUGGCGUAGGUGCAGAAAGUGAUCGUGUUCUCAAAUCCAUGGAUGCCAAUCGGUACGCGACGAAGAAAACCAUCGCCCAGGGCAUGCUGGACAUUGCGCUGCUAACGGCCAACGCAUCGCAGCUGAAGUACAUCCUGCAGGUGGGCGAAAAGCACGAGUUCUACGGUCUGAUGCUGACGCUAAUCAGCAUCUCGAUCAUACUGCAGGUUUCGGCUGCAAUGCUGGCCGUCAUACUAACCCUGGUCAAUCUGCACGGCGGUGAGGUACAGCGGAAGGUGGCCAACAUACUGAACCACUUCUCGCUCGGGUUCGUCGUGGUGGCCCUGUUUUGCGAUGUCAUAAAGAUGAAUUUUGGGCUCGAUCCGGCCAUUCCGUACAUUCACAACUGAAACAACUAACAAAUCAUGUAUAGGAAGUGGGAUCUGCAAACGCCAUAGCACAAUAUUUACCAAACCAUCUAUGCACUUUAUGCCCAUCUCGUACAACAUGCACAGAUUGUUCAAGGGAUUGCCUGCAUCCUGUUGGCCAACUACAACAUCAACAAGGAGCACUCGCGUGACACAGCGAACACGGUGCAGAACUUUUCGCUCGGUCUCAACAUGGCCACGGUGGUGGUAAACAUCAUGAUCAAUAGCAUGGAGAUAAAGCACAUGGACGAUGUAGGGCUGGGAAUGGGGCUCGAGAGCACUACGAAGGCCUUGUAAACCAGUGGCAAUGAGGGUGCCUUAGCAAAGUGCGUGUGGACCCACAGGACACAUUAGGUGAUCGUGAUGUCGUAGUGCAACUGGCGAUCGCGCAAUCUUCACAAUUUUAUCGUUAUCUUAGGUUAACCAGUGAGAAAGAAAUGAAUAAAAGCGUAAUACAGGGUUUAUUGUAGCGAAUUGUUUGAA